AUGGGGAAGAAGUUUGUAGGACGUGAAGAAGGUGGGAUGCAGCAGGUGAAGGUGGAGGACGAGGAGAAGGUGGAGGAGAAGAAGGAAGUGGAGAAGAUGGAGCAAAAGAAGGAGGUGGAGAAGGUGGGGCAAAAGAAAGUGAAGAAGGUGGAGAAAAAGAAGGAGGUGGAGAAGCUAGAGGAAAAGAAGGAGGUGGAGGAGAAGAAGGAGGUGGAGGGAAAGAAGGAGGUGGAGAAGGAAGUGGAGAAGGUGGAAGAAAAGAAGGAGGUGGAGGAGAAAAAGGAGGUGGAGGAAAAGAAGGAGAAAGUGGAGGGAAAGAAGGAGGUGGAGAAGGUGGAGGAAAAGAAGGAGGUGGAGAAGGUGGAGGAAAAGAAGGAGGUGGAGAAGGUGGAGGAAAAGAAGGAGGUGGAGAAGAAAAAGGAGGUGGAGGAGAAGAAGGAGGUGGAGGAAAAGAAGGAGGUGGAGCAGGAGAAGGUAGAGGAGAAGGUGGAGGAGAAGGAGGUGGAGAAGGUUGAGGAGAAGAAGGAGGUGGAGCAGGAGAAGGUAGAGGAGAAGGUGGUGAGUGGAGAAGGUGGAGGAGAAGAAGGAGGUGGAGCAGAAGGAGGUGGAGGAGGAGGAGAAGAUGGAAGUGAAGCAGGAGAAGGUGAAAGAGGAGGUGGAAUAGAGGGAGUGUAA